UGGAGAACAGGGAAGUACCGGUAAAGUCAGACAGCUGAGCCGGUCGCGUAGCAAGUUUCAGUUGAGAUAUUUCAAACUAAUAUUUGUCGUCGGUGUCACACUCAUGGCGGAGCUCGGUGAGAACAGCUGCCGAGAAGCUGAAGAACAUGACGGGACAAACAGCAGGAAUGUCCCCGAGCCUGUGUGGGGGACAGGUGACCCCGCCGUGACAGUCCCUCGGGAGCUGUGGUCCUCAAAUCAUCACCCGAGCAAAAAGUUAGUCCUGCAUGUCGACCUCAACAACACCAUACUGGUGUCGGACACCGUGAUGGCUCUGGGGACAGAAGCUGCCCUGGAGUAUUUCCUCUCUACUGUCACCUGGGGGAAGAUGAGCAAACACGGAAAGUGGGAAUGGCUGAGUGACUCGGCCUCCCUGCUCCCACCGUGCGCUGACGCUGUUACUUACCACUCUUAUUUUGGACGGACACCAGGUUUCACCUCAGGUGCAGGGCGACGUUUCCGUGGGAUUCUGGAUGAGCAUCUGGAUCUGCUCCGUUGGCCCAAGGGUACCAAGGGAGACAGAGAGCUGUCUGUAAAAGGAGAGGGUGGAAAACUGUACCACUGGAUCCUCCCCUCCUUCUUCCAGCUGCUCAAAGACCUGGCACAGGAAGGAAGAGAGUUUGCCAUCAUAUUUCGUUCGUUUGGAAACGACCUACCUCGUACGCUGAGUGCUGUGGCCAAAGCACUGAAUGAAGGGGCUCAUCCGCUGUUCCCUGAUCUGCCUGAUCUCAAGAUAAAUGUGAAUAUGACUCCCGGCAAGAUCCGCUGCAGCAAGAAGGGAAUUGUCCUGAGCCGAGCCGAGGACCGCAUGUCGACUCGUGAUGGAGAAAGGGGCCUGUACCAGUACUUCAGCUCAGUGCAGGGCCUGGUGGGCUUUCAGGACCACUUUGACUGGUGGGCCAGUAAUACCUACUCCAUCCGUGGGGGGAAGCCAUUAUGGGUCGACCCAUUUGACCCACAUGUUCAGCACAUCUUCAUAGACGACAACAUAAGACAGGAUGACGAGCACACCAUAGUCCAUCCCAAGGUUUUCUUGGACCCAGGUGGCACUGAGACUCGUGCAGCCUGCACCUCCGAGCUCUAUGACAUCACACUGGUCCAGACCGACCUCCUCCAGGCUAUUUCUCAGCCAGACUACUUCACACAGCGUGUGCACAUCUGCCUGGAAAACUAUGAGAGGAAUCUCCAUCAGGGGGCAGGCUAGAACACAGUUCAACUGGAUGUCUGUCUGUGACAACCUCCAGUUUAGGGUUCCAUUAACCCAGACACAGUAGACUGUAGGUAGGGCUAUUAAACAGGAAGACUGAUGGCUUAUUGAAGGACCAGAGAUCAUCAAAACACAGAAGAAGUUUACAUAUGGAAGAAGGUUAAAGGAAUAAAUAUGCAGCUAAGGAAGGAUCACAGUUACAUUCUGAAGAUGGCAGCUAGAUAAGUAGGAUUUGAAUUUGUUUCAAACUGUUCAAGUACCGUGCUGACUUUAUGUACUCCAGGAGAGCAGUAGAAAGGAUGUGAGCUUAUACAAAGGGUACUUGGCACAUAGAUUGUAUUGUCUGCUGUCUCAAGGUGAACCGCCACAAAAAGAGUUUCUGACUUGAUUAAGCGUUGAAGUGGCCAGGCCAGACUCUUUGAUUACAUCAAAGGCUCAAUGACUAAUCACACCAUGGGAUAAUUGGCUUAACUCUCUGACAUUUGACAGCAUAAUUGGGGUCAGAUAUGGUGAAAAGCCCUUUGAGUGUUGCGUUAGUUGUCUGGCGAGUAGAAUCCACCAGGGUUUUGCUUCAGCUCUUCAUUUGUCAUCCUCAGGGUGUGACACUUUCAUGUAGCUUCUUCCUUAGAUUGUUUUAACUUCCAUUGUUGGCCAUCGUCUGUAUUGUUUACGUCCGCUCAGAACUGAAAGGUAAUACUUGAAUAUGUCCAGAUGACUGAUAAGGAAUCGGAUUACUGAGUAUGACUUUGUUACUAAAGGGUAAAACCUCAAAGCACAAUAUAAACACAUUAUGAAGGCAUUGCACAAGAAAAUGACUUCAACUACUGUCUUAUUUGACUGUAUUGCUGGUAGGAAUCAUAAAAGACGAAAUGUUUGAUCAAUAACAACACAUAUCGUUUUCUGAUAUGAUCAGGUAAAACCAAACUAUAUCCAUGAUUCAUUCGUAACAGCAGUUUCAACAAGUCCUCCAACCCAUAUGACCACAUAAGUUGUAUGUUGCUACCCUCUAAUAUGACCAUUAGGAGAGUUUCUUAAAUUAGCACCCCUACUGGUGGGUGAUAGAAUAGCUUGUAUACGAUUAUUAAUGGUCGUUUUAAAGACACAAUCGACAUUGUGAAACAGUAGCAGGUGCACCAGAACUACGUGGUUAGGUUUAGAUGUUUGUCACUUAUGUAAUGUUAAGAACAACAUACAUCAUGGACAACAUCAUGUAUGACAUAUGUCAAGUACGACAUACACCACAGACAACAUACAUCAUGUAUAACAUACGUCAUGUAUGACAGGCAAUGUUAAGCUGUUAAAUACCUCAACGUUGACUUUUGGUUUCACAGGGGACAUGAACAUGGUCUCUUGGAUAAAAGUCCUGUGUAUGUUUGACCCUCCCACCCUGAGCAGACUUUUUUGCUCAGCUUUGUCGCCGGUUUUCCUUUUUUGCUCCUGUCAUAAUUAUUCCGGCUACUAGACGUUGCUGCCCACCAGUAGACAUAAAUAUGGGUCAGAAUUGCUGCUUUAAAAACAACCUGUGUGGUCAUAUUUUGGAAGAGAACAGUCACCGCAGUUUAUAUCGUGUAUAUAUAGAGUUUAAAGUAAUAUCUGAGACAUAUCAUUAGGUUGAACAUGGGUUUGGGAUGUGUUUUUAUUAUUUGAAGGCACUCUUGUGAGACAUUGAAUAAGCUGAAUUUGUGUGGAAGCUGUGGUAUUUUUUGCUUUUAAGGGUUUUAGGAUUUAUUUAUUUAUUAUUGAGCUUUCUGGGAGAUUUUUUAUUUCCCAUACUUUCCUCAGGUCAACAUUUUGAGAGACAGCUGAUCUAAAAAAAACAAACAAAAAAAACACUCAAAUGCAAGUUAAUGAGAACAGUGGAGUGAUGGUACUAGUACUGUACUUUUUUCAGUAUAUAUCGAGCAUUGAUUUCCUUAAAAAAAGAACAUCAAAGUGAAUAUAGUGACAAGAAAAAUGCAAAGACAAAGCUGGGAUGGAAAGCUUUGUUAGUGGUGGUAACAUUUCCAUGUUUUAUUAUUGCUCUGGCUCAGUUUUAGUGUGCAAAACACACAAUGUUUGACUCACAAAAUGGAAACAUCUAUAUGACAUUAGAUAAUUCAUCACACAGCAGGUUUAUCAGAGCAAAGCUAAUAGGUGGUGGGAUGACUGAGCAUGUGAUCAAGUGUUUUGUGCUUCCUAUAUGAGGACAAUAUUUUGUGGCAAAGAAAAUGAGAAAAAAAAAAGCAGUGCAAGUUUUGCACACUGAAACUCUUCCAAAGCACUUCUAAAAUAUUUUAACACUGUGCAUUGAAGUCUCAUCCACAUAACAUGAUUAUCAUGAAUUCUGAUGCUGCCAUGCAUUUGAAUGCACAUCACAUCAACAACUUGGAAACUGUAAUUUAUUUAUUUUUCUGAUGGUAAAUAUUUCCAUUCGGUGUUAAAUAAACCAGUAUGUCUUUUA